AUGAGUUUGGGUGGAGCCGGAGUAGAAAGAAAGCUUCAAUUGGCGGAAUUAGAAUGCUUAAGACUAGAAGCCUAUGAUAAUUCUAGACUCUACAAGGAAAAGAUGAAAGCCAUUCAUGACAAGAACAUUAGGAGAAGGGAAUUUAGACCCAGUGAGCUAGUCCUCGUUUACAACUCAAGAUUAAGAUUGCUACCCGGAAAGCUUAGAUCAAGAUGGGAUGGACCUUACCAAGUAGAGAAAGUAGAACCUUACGGGGUUUACCACUUGCGCCACCCAUCAAGUCCGGACAUUUUCAAGGUAAAUGGGCACCGUCUCGAAUUAUACCAUGGUGAGCAAAGAAAGAACUCCAAGGAAAUUGAAAUGUUCCUCUUGAGGGAUGCACCUCUUGAACAAGAACCUUGA